UGACAUAUCAGCAGCCAUUUUAGAAACCGGCACGGCUAGAGAAACUGUGCGUCCGUGCCGAAAAGGAGGCCCUAAAAUACAUCCUCGCAAACAGAAUACCUAAAAUGCUCUCGAGGUUAGCGUUAGCAAAUGGUGCAGUUUUGAGAACUGUUCUCCAUUCUGCCCGACCAUGCGUUGUCAUGGCACCAAAAUCCCUCUUGCAUACAAGUCAGGCCCACAGCAUGCCUGUAAAAGUACCCGAGGAGGGAGGUAAAGUUAGGCUUGGUUUCAUCCCUGAGGAGUGGUUCACCAUGAUGUACAAGAAGACUGGUGUAACAGGUCCGUAUGUAUUUGGUACUGGUCUGAUAUUAUACAUGUUGAACAAGGAGCUCUACAUCCUUGGUCCUGAGACGAUACAUGCCUUUGUUGCCCUGUCUAUGGUUGUAUAUGGUAUUAAGAAGUUUGGGCCAGCCGCUGCUGAAUGGGCCGAUAAGCAGACCGCAAGUCAACUUGCAAAUGCUUAUGAGCAAAAAGACAAAUCUUUAUCAACAUAUGAUGAUGCCAUCAAGGAAGAGAAGCUAGAACAGUGGCGUCUUGAUGGAAGACACUACUUGUUUGAUGCCAAGAGGGAGAAUGUUGAGCUUCAGCUAGAGACUGAAUAUAGGGAAAGGCAAAUGCAAGUAAUGAAUACUGUGAAAGCUAGAAUGGACUACCAUAUUGCGGUUGAUGAUAUGAAGCGAAAUAAGGAACAGGAACACAUGGUAAAAUGGAUUGAGAAGAAUGUAGUUGAAAGUAUCACUCCACAACAGGAGAAAGAUAUUCUAAACACAUGUAUAUCCAACUUGAAGAAGCUUGCUGCUACAGCAUAGUUCAGCAUCACACUCAAGAGAAUUACUUCUACCAUAUAUAUUGUGAUUAGUUCCUACCAAAUAAUAAAUUUAACAAGAAUCCUAGAAAUUCUACUCUUGUAAGAUACAAGCAAUAUUAGUUUCAAAGUGUCUGGUUUGUUUUUUUUGCAAGCAAUACUAUCUCCUUAAAUGAAUCAAACAUUACCAGCUUGUCAGAUUCUCUUUUAUUCCUCUGUGCUAUUCUCUAAAGCUAUGAAAUUCCAACAGACUCCAUCAGAUGUUAAUAGCGACACACCAUGUGCUUGUGUAUAUAUUCAAAGAAUUUAAAUGCUAAAGUUCUUAUUAAUUCUAUCAUUAAGACUGACCUGAAGUUAGGUUUCAAUAGCAACCAGGAAAUGACACGCAUUACAAUGUCAUGCAAGUGAAUUCCUUUUGUUGUUUACACUCUUGAAUUUAAUGUUUCUUUCCAAUUCAAACUGUCUUGACGACUGGAGUGUGAUUAAAGAUUGAUAACAUUAUUGA